AUGCCACGAUCAGCAACAGACGCCACGCGCUUCACAUCCACGACUCCCCACGCAUCCGCCAAACCUCCAGCAUCGGCUCUAAAUCUGCCUGGACGGAGCAACAGCUUACCACCGCGGACACCGGGGCCGCCAGGAGAGACGCCGCAGGAGAAGGUUAGGAGGUUACGAGCUGCGGCUGAUAGAGCGAGGGAUGCGCAGAUUUCGACGCUCGAUAGGUUGCUGGUGAGAGGGCGGGUGUGGGCAGAUCGAGCGCAUCGGUUUACGGCGUUGAGUUUGAUUGGAGCUACCGUUAUUGCGGGAGGCUUCACAUUCUUUGCGUUAGGAGACAUGAUGAUCUACAACCGCCGCAAACGCGCCGAGUUCUACGAAGAGCAGAAGGCGCUCAAGGAGAACGCUGUCCGUUCCGCACGCCUCGCUAUUGCCGCGGGCGUAGCGUCAGAAGACCAGAUAAAUUUCAUAAGGAGGGAAGAGGAGCAUGAUGGGCAGUUGGAGGCGGCUGCCAAGGCGGCGGCUGCGAAGAAGGGGAUCUUUAAGAGGGGGAAGGAAUGGUUGUUUUCUGGGCUGAAGAAUGAGGAGCAGGGUGAGGAUGUGGGGAGUAGUGAGAGUAGGUUGGGGUAUGAGGCGUUGAGUGAAGAGGAUGAUUCGCUUGGAGAGAGGGAGAGUGACAUUGUGAGGGCGAUUGAGGAGAAGAAGAUAGUGAUCGCGGCGAAGGCUAAGAAAGUCUUUGCGGAGGAGAAAGAGAGACAACGAUCAGGCGGGCCAUUAGACCGAUUAGGGACGGAGAUAGAAGGGGGAAAUGGGGAGCCACCAAAAACUGGUGGAUGGACCUCAUGGAUGUCCAGGCGGUGA